AUGUCCCACCAACAUGUUCAAUCUGAGGAGAGACCAUUCAGGUGCUCUCUCUGUGGGACUGGGUUCAGGCGAUCAUCUGACCUCAUGGAGCACCAGCAGGUUCACACUAGGAAGAGACCAUUCAGCUGCUCUGAGUGUGGAAGGGAAUUCACUCAGUUGUUCAACCUGCUGAGACACCAGCAAGUUCACACUGUGGAGAGAUCAUUCAAACGCCCAGACUGCGGGAAGUGCUACAGAAGGUCCUGGGGACUGACAUGUCAUCAAUGUGUUCACACUGAGGAGACACCUUUCAAAUGUCUAGUCUGUGGGAAGUGCUAUCGAAUUUCUGUGGAACUGAAGUCUCAUCAAUAUGUUCACAUGAUGAGAGACCUUUCAGGUGCUUUUGUUGUGAAACUGAGUUCAGGCGAUCAUCUCAAUGCUCAGUAA